AUGUCUUGUGAAAAUGAACAUUUCCACCUGCAUGGAGGCCAUAACGACGACCACGAUCAUGACCACGACGGCCACGACCACGUAGCACCCGUACCCACGUCUGUUGCUCAACUGUUGAACUCCAAGAUCAACCUACCGCAGGUGACAGCAUUAAACUUGCAAAAUGAGAGGGAAGAUUUGGCCAAAAUGUUCAAAAGUGCAGAAAACAGAUAUCUGUUGAAGCCAAUCAUUAAGUCUGAUGCAGACGAGCAGCUCAUACUCCACAUUCCGUUCCUCAAUGGAAGCGUGAAGUUGCAUCUGAUGAUUUUGCGGACUAAUGGAGACAAGUAUUGUCCCAAAACCAUUGAGAUGUGGAAAAACAACCGAGGAAUUGAUUUUGACUCCGUGGAACAGUUCAAGCCGAAUUUCAAGGUGGAACACCCGCAUGUAGGUGUUGCAGUCAAUGACGAUGAUGACGAUGACGAAGAGGUGCCUGAAACAUUAGAAUCAGAUGCAGAUUUCGUGGAGCACCAUCUUCCCAGACACGUCUUCACUGGAGUUCAGCACCUUACGUUGUUUUUCAAGGAUAUUUACGGUGAUGAGGAGGAGUGCCAUAUCCAUUCCAUUGAGUUGAGAGGGGAGUUCACGGAGUUGACAAAGGACCCUGUAAUCACGAUCUAUGAGGCUGCAGCCAAUCCUGCCGACCACAAGAAGGUGGAGGCCACGAAUUAUCUGAUGAGUAUGAAUUAG